AUGUCCUACAACCGUCUUGGCCGUCGUGACGACGACGACGAAGACUACCAAUCCCCGGGCAUGCAUCCCAGCUACGGAAAUCGCUCACCUUCACCUCAACAUCUAUCGCAGGGCUAUCAGCUAGAAGAUCAACCAUACCGACCGCAACCUCCUCACGUACAAAUGCCCAUGGCAUCAAGCGAUAGACUUACUAUGCAGCCAACAUACUCGGUCGAGCAUGUAGGUGGCGCAUACGAUCCUCAUCAACCUCCUCCUUUCAACAGCUCAGGCUACGGUAACGACGAUUAUGCCAUAUCUCCCGAACAACAUCAUGACGCCUACUUCAAUCAACCAUACACUCCUCAUCCCCAGGGCGAUUAUGCCCUAGACCAAUACGCCACUCCUACAGAACAUUACCAAGACGACAAUGACCAGCGGCCCAUCCUGGACGCUGACGAUCCAUACGGACCUAACCCACAAUUACAGCCCGAAUAUCAGGACGAUCCACCAAUUGAGCACGCCCCAAUGCCCGGGCCGGGUAUACAGCGAUGGAAAUCUCAGAAGCUGACCACAGAGCUUUUCAAUGGAAACCUAGUUCUUGAUUGCCCGAUCCCCCCUAAACUGCUCAGUCAAGUGCCUCACGCCGAAGCUCCACAGAGAGAUGAGUUCACGCAUAUGCGGUAUUCCGCAGCAACUUGUGACCCUUCGGAUUUCUACAAUGAGCGUUUUACGCUACGGCAGAAGCUUUUUGCUACGCCUCGACAUACAGAACUAUUCAUUGUAGUGACUAUGUACAAUGAAGACGAUUUUCUGUUCGCCCGUACCAUGAUCGGAGUUUUCAAGAAUAUUGAAUACAUGUGUUCGAGACCGAAAAGUCAGACAUGGGGUAAGCAGGCCUGGAAGAAGAUCGUAGUCUGUGUGGUAAGCGACGGGCGUGCAAAAAUCAACCCCAGGACGAGAGCAGUUUUGGCGGGCUUGGGUGUGUACCAGGAUGGCAUCGCGAAGCAGCAAGUUAAUGGAAAGAAUGUUACAGCCCACAUCUAUGAGUAUACAACCCAAGUCGGGAUGGAAUUGAAAGGGAAACAAGUUAUACUCAAGCCGCAUUCUAACACGCCGGUGCAAAUGCUUUUCUGCCUCAAGGAGCAAAAUCAGAAGAAGAUCAACUCGCACAGAUGGUUUUUCCAAGCCUUUGGUCGAGUUCUCGAUCCGAAUGUUUGUGUUUUGCUCGAUGCUGGCACCAAGCCAGGCAAGGACUCCAUAUACCAAUUGUGGAAGGCUUUCGACCUGGAACCAAUGUGCGGAGGAGCCUGUGGUGAAAUCAAGGUCAUGCUGGACCGUGGAAGGAAAUUGAUCAACCCGCUCGUGGCGACCCAGAACUUUGAAUAUAAAAUGUCAAACAUUCUUGACAAGCCACUAGAGUCUGCCUUUGGAUUUAUCUCUGUGCUACCGGGGGCCUUCUCUGCCUACCGCUAUAUCGCUCUGCAAAACGACAAGAAUGGUGAUGGCCCUCUUGAGAAGUACUUCGCAGGCGAGAAGAUGCAUGCGAACGCAGGCAUAUUCACGGCAAACAUGUAUCUGGCCGAAGACCGUAUCCUUUGUUUCGAACUUGUCACCAAGCGUAAUUGCCAUUGGAUAUUGCAGUAUGUGAAAUCAGCAAGUGGCGAGACCGAUGUGCCGGAUGGGAUGGCUGAAUUUAUACUUCAGCGGAGAAGAUGGCUUAAUGGCUCCUUUUUCGCAGCAGUCUAUGCCAUAGCUCAUUUCUUUCAACUCUGGCGGAGCGAUCACAGCGCGAUGCGGAAGUUUAUGCUGUUUAUCGAAUUCAUCUACCAAACUGUCAACAUGCUGUUUGCUUGGUUCGCGAUCGGCAACUUCUUCCUCGUCUUUCGUAUUCUCACCACCUCACUGGGAAAUGAGGAUCUCCUUGGAACUGCUGGUAGGAUUCUCGGCGUCGUUUUCGAAUGGACCUACCUGCUUACGCUGGUCACUUGCUUCAUUUUGGCUCUGGGCAAUAGGCCACAAGGCAGCGGCAAAUAUUACAUGACGAUGGUGAUAUUUUGGUGCUUCUUGAUGGUCUAUUUGACAUUUGCCGCUGUCUUCGUUACCGUCAGAUCGAUUCAGGCAGAGCUCGCCGACCAAGACUUUUCCUUCUCAACUAUAUUCACGAACUCGCAGUUUUUCAGCAUGAUCGUCUCACUUCUUUCAACUUAUGUCCUUUGGAUAGUGGCUAGCCUUCUAUUCUUCGACCCAUGGCACAUGUUUACCUGUUUCAUUCAGUACAUCGUUCUCACGCCGACUUACAUCAACGUUCUCAACAUUUAUGCCUUUUGCAACACUCACGACAUCACCUGGGGUACGAAAGGGGAUGACAAACCCGAGAAACUCCCAUCCGCCAACGUGAAGGCCGAUGGGAAAGUUGAUAUCUUGAUUCCGCAGGAUGACGGCGACCUCAACGCUCUGUACGAAGCCGAAAUUCAGAAGUUCAGCAUCAAAGCACCGAAAGAAGUCAAGAAAGUCUCCGAGGAGGAGAAGAAGGAAGAUUAUUACAAGGGCUUCCGAUCAACUGUUGUCCUUGUGUGGAUCUUCUGCAAUUUUGCAUUGGCUGCAGUGGUGUUGGGCGCCGCCGGCGUAAAUCGGAUCGAAGUCAACCAGGACCCGGAGGAGCAGGAUAAUAAGACCACUAUCUACAUGGCCGUGGUGCUUUGGAGUGUAGCGGCGUUGAGUUUGUUCAGGUUUAUAGGUGCGAUGUGGUUCUUGGUUGUCAGGAUGUUCCGAGGCGUUUAA